AUGGGCGCCGUCGCUGGUAGCCUCAAGGCCGAUGCGCAUGCUUGGGCCCUGAGUGCUCCCGACAAGCACGGCAGGCUAAGCGAGACCAAGAUCCGACUCCGUCUGCGGCGGGAGCACCGAUCCCGAGCUUCUCCAGUGGUAGUGGUAGUGGUAGUUCAGAGCGCCCGCUGUGCCUGGAGGGGCGGGAGAAGAUCGUGGAAGGAGAUCCCGUGCAGAGGGGGCCAGACCCCGACCGCCGUUGGCGCUCGAAGUAGGAAAUCGCCUCCCACGGUGAGAGCGCAGAACGGGCCUCGGAGCUCGCGGCGGAUUCUGAGGCGUUCUGCAUGGGGCGCAUGUGAGCGAUGGAACGUCCAGUGGAAGUGCAGCAGCCCCCGGGCGGCGUUACAAGCGUCUGCGCGCCGUAGAGCACCCAAGCCAGUAUCGAAUUGGGUUACGAUAGGAUUUGACGUGCUCAUGGACGUUAGCCUUCAUCGCAACGAAGUGUCGGACAGCCACGGGCCCGAGAACGUGCUAUCGUUUGGGGCGGGCUGCGGGCAGGAUGCACAGGCGGUGCCACGACCACAGGAUGCAAUGCUCGUCUGGACACGUAGAUUCGAUGUCAACAUGGCCGCGACGGCGGUCGUCAGCCCCGCCGCUCCGCGCACCUUGACCGGGCCGCAAUCUCGCUCUGCAAUGCAGAACGUCGAGCCGCUGGGCCGCCAAGUCAGCGCAAUUGGCUCGCGGGGGGUCGUCAAAUUCGUCUCACCUGACAGCGGGACGCCGCAGAUCCUCUGCUGGGGCAGCCAUUGCCUGAUUCUGGUUCGCAUUCCAAGUCCUUCCCUGUGGGACAUCGCCACAAAGAGCAGGUCGCAAGGCCAAUCACUUCUCACGCCGGAGGGCGAGGACACAUGGUCCAUCAUGGCUCUGGCGCUCUCUGGUGUGACUGCUGUGGUCUUCGUGUGUUUGACCUGA